AUGGAACAAAUAGGUGGUGGUGAUGCAAGGUGGUCUUUGAAGGGCAUGUCUGCCCUUGUCACGGGCGGUACUCGAGGCAUAGGUCAUGCCAUCGUAGAAGAAUUUGCACGUUUUGGAGCUGUCGUGUAUACAUGUUCUCGUAAUCAAAAAGAGUUAGAUGAAUGUUUAGAAGAAUGGAAGCGCAAGGGCUUUCGAGUAGCAGGGAUUGUGUGUGACUUAUCAGUGCGAGCCCAACUGGAUAAGCUGAUAGAGAUUGUUACCACUUAUUUCGAUGGGAAGAUGAAUAUCUUGGUUAGUUUAUCUUCUUUUUAUCGUAUGAUUGUGUUCUUCGGUGCAAGGUUUCUGAAACGAGUACUUCGAUUUCUAAGGUGA